AUGCCCGAAAUGUCUAAAAACACGGAAAGCACCGUCCCAGAUCCUGUAAUGGUUUCUGAGGUGAUCUCCCGACCGUCAAUAUCAAAAGCCGAAAUUGAGAAGCAAGCUUCUCAGUCGAUUGCAUUGAUACCAUGGGAUCCAGACUCCACGGCUCAUGUGGAACGUUUACGAUUGCAGAGGAUCGCGUGUGGCUGGAAGAUAGCUAAAGUCGACGAGUGGAAAGACCUUCAGCAAUCAGGAAAGAUCGGUAUGCAUUGGAUCGCUCUCACACCCUCACACCUAGAAACAUCGUCCCGUCUGCAGAAGCAUAUCAAAGCGUUCCCAGAUGAGUCUACGCCUCUAGCGGAUACGUGCAGAGUGGUCUUGUCCCGCCCACACACUCCUGACCCGCAGUUCGACAAGUUCAUCCCAAUCGGGCACAUCUCCUUGGACGUGGUCACAACCUUUCCAGAGCUCCGGGCUUCAGCUGCUGAUGGUGUAUACUCAAUCAACUCCUUCUAUAUCUCCAGAAGCCUUCAGCGUGGCGGGCUAGGCGCUGCUGCAAUGGUAGCCUGUGAGAGAAUAGCUAGGACAGUUUUUCGAGCCAAGACAAUUACACUAUCGACAAUCAGCAAUGAUGAAAUGUACCAUGAGAAUCCCCGCAGGGUAGCCAUGGGCUUGACAGAGAUUCCCAAGCCAACAAACCAGGAUUGGUACACAAAGCGAGGGUACACCAUCUAUGGACAUAGGCUCAACGCAUACCAUGAAAUUGACCCUACAGGAAAGCGUUGGGGCAUCAAGUGUGUGUUCAUGAGCAAAGAGCUCGAGCCGGUGGACUGA